GAUCGUCAGAACACCGCCUCAGCGUACCUGUCAGUGACCACGUGGUUUGAGCUAAUCAGCUGACUGCCGGGGGAGGAGGAAGAGGAAAAAGAAGAUGGAAGGGAACAGAGACGAAGCCGAGAAAUGUAUAAACAUCGCCACAAAAGCCCUGGAAGCAGGAGACAAAGAUAAAGCCUUUAAGUUUCUCAACAAAGCGGAGAAACUGUACCCGACCGACAGAGCUAAAGCUCUGUUGGACGCGUUAACGAAGAAUGGGAGCUCGGCGGGUAACGGCGCGUUUCGCCGGCGGCCCAAAGAUCGCUCGGAAACGUCGCAGGCGGGAGGACAGAGUCAGGAACCGGUGGGAGGCGACUCCAAAAGCUUCACAGACGAUCAGGUGGAGGGCGUCCGCAGAAUAAAGCGUUGUAAGGAUUAUUACGAAGUUCUGGGUGUGAACAAAGAAGCCGGAGACGACGACCUGAAGAAGGCGUACAGGAAGCUCGCUCUCAAGUUCCACCCAGACAAAAACCACGCGCCGGGAGCAACGGAGGCCUUUAAAAAGAUUGGGAAUGCUUAUGCGGUUCUGAGCAAUCCGGCAAAGCGGCGGCAGUACGACGUGACGGGCGGGGAGGAGCCCAGCAGCCCGAGCCAAUCCCAUGGCGGCGGCUUCGACUUCCACCGGGGCUUCGAGGCCGACGUCACGCCUGAAGACCUCUUCAACAUGUUCUUCGGCGGCGGCUUCCCGUCCUCCAGCGCCCACACGUUCACCAACGGCAGGACGAGUUACAGCCAUCACAACGACCGCCAGGAGCGGACCGAGGAGCGAGGAGACGGCGGCUUCUCGAUGUUCAUCCAGCUGAUGCCCAUCGUGGUUCUGAUUUUAGUGUCGAUUCUGAGCCAGAUGAUGGUUUCCCCUCCGCCGUACAGCCUCUACUCCAGACCGUCGACGGGUCAGACCGUGAAGAGGCAGACAGACAACCUGCGUGUCGAUUAUUACGUCACUCGGGAUUUCAAGUCGGAGUUUAAAGGCUCGGCUCUGCAGCAAAUAGAGAAAAACGUAGAAGAAGAUUACGUGACGAACGUCAGGAACACCUGCUGGAAGGAGAGACAGACGAAAACGGACCUGCUUUACGCGGCGAAGGUCUACAGAGACGACCGCAUGCGGAAGAAGGCGGAGCUUAUGACAAUGGAGAACUGCAAGGAGCUGGACAGACUAAACAACCUGUUCCGAGGCGGAUGAGAUUGUAGAAAAUGUUAAUAUAUGAAUAGAUGUAUACAUUUGUUUUUUUUUUAACAGAGAGGCUUUACGAUAGAAGCAAAAAAUUAUUAAAUUAUUUAAGGUUAAAAAGCAUCUUAUUCUUUGCGAACGGCUCGUCCUCCUCAUUCCAGCCUGAUCCCAGGAAUCUGCUUGUUGCAUCGUAACGAACUGGUCUGCAUACCGACCAAAACUCCAGACUUAUUUUUAUUGAGCCAGAAGGACCCGGACGCCUGGUUGUAGAUUUAACAGUGAGAUUUCGGCAUCGUUUCUGAAACGUUCUUCACUGACAUUCAUAUCAUGAAGGAGCAACAGAGUCUGGAUGGAUUUUUUUGUUGUUUUGUUUUUAUGUGAAGGAAAUUAAUUAUUUGGAUUUUCUUCUGAACAAUUGAAUUCAGGUUGAAAGUGGAAAUCGACGCACAUCAACAUCUUCAUCCAUUAAUGGUUGUACACUUUCAUUUUUGAAUGUUUAAAAGUUUUGGCACUUAUUUAAGUAAGUCUAGAAGAAACUAAUUUCCUCUUCAGUGCUGGCCUGAUCAUUUAAAUAAAGUCAAACUGGUACUGUA